AGGCGAGCUUCCGAUGCGGCGGGACCCGGAAACGCGCCGCCGGGAGCAGGUGACGCGCGGGUCGCGGGCGCGCCGGGGAGGGCGCGCUCUCCCGCCCGGGACCCUACCCGAGCGGUGGGGGCCGCGACUGCGCGGUGCACCGACCUUCUCCGCGGACCGAGGUGCGAGCUGGAAGUGGCGGGGAGCCCACCUCCAGGCGCCAGGAAGUGGGGUCCGGUCCUUAGGAACCCCCUCACACUCGCUGCUCUGACAUACGCGGGCACGAUCACCCGGCCCUUGCCUGGAACACCGGCCCCACGUGUUAGAUGAGAGCCGGGACCUCUGGUCAAAGCCGAGGAAUGUGAAGGUUGGAGCCUCCCUGGGCCCUGCCUGAGCAGGCCUGCCUGGCAAGCUGGGACAUGUCUGGCCCCCGAGGACAGCCGGUGGGCGAUGGCUGCAGUGGCGGAGGGGCUGGAGCCCGAGACAGCGGCUGUAGAAGAUGCGGCAGGAGCCGUUACAGAUGCUGUGGAUGCGAGGCUGGGGGCGCCCCCUCUCCUGGCUGGGAACCGGCUGAGCCUGGACCUACACCCCAGGGGCUGCCACCGGCUGCUGCACCUGUGUGCCCAGCAGGUCCGUCAGUUGCUGGAGGUGGAGUUCCUGCAGCUGAGUGGCCACGAGGACCCUCAGCUGCUGCAGGCCACCCUGGCCCGUCUGCCCUGGAGCCUGCCACGCCUCCGCUCCCUGGUCCUCAAAGCACUGCCCGACCCCUUUUACCCCGAGAGGAAGCUGGCUGAGCCUGGGCUCCUGGACCUGGCAGCUGCCAGUGGGGUCUCCAGCAGACCCCAGUGUGGGCAACAUCGGGAUGCUCUGGGUGCCUGCCUCCGGGGAUCCCUCGCCACGCUGCCCGCCAUCCUGAGUGGCCUAGCCCACUUGGCCCACCUGGACCUGAGCUUCAACAGCCUGGAGACAUUGCCAGCCUGUGUCCCGCAGUUGUGUGGCCUGGAUGCCCUCCUGCUCUCUCAUAACUGCCUCUCAGAGCUGCCUGAGGCCCUGGGGGCCCUCGCCGCCCUCACCUUCCUCGCUGCCACCCACAAUCACCUGCGAACGCUGCCCACAGCCCUGGGGUCCUUGUCCAGCCUGCAGCGCCUCGAUCUCUCUGAGAACCUUCUGGAUGCUCUGCCCCCUGAGAUCGGAGGCCUGAGCAGCCUGGCCGAGCUCAACCUCGCCUCCAACCGGCUGCAGGGCCUCCCUGCCUCCCUUGCGGGCCUGCGGUCCCUACGGUUCCUCGUUCUGCACAGCAACCUUCUGGCCUCGGUACCUGCCGGCCUGGCCCGUCUCCCGCUGCUCGCCCGGCUCGACCUGAGGGACAACCAGCUCCGGGACGUCCCCCCCGAGCUACUGGAUGCCCCCUUCGUGCGACUGCAAGGAAACCCCCUGGGUGGGCCUAGCCCCGACCCCCACAGUCCUCCAGGGACACCCGUGGUCCCAGAAAUGCCCAGGCUGUUGCUGACUUCAGAUCUGGACAGCUUCGCCGUGACCUCCCUGGGCUGCUCUGUGACCCUGGCCUGCGGUGUCCGCCUGCAGUUCCCUGUGGGAGCCACUGCUACCCCUGUUACCAUCCGCUAUCGACUGUGGCUGCCAGAGCCCCGCCUCGUCCCUCUGGGUCCCCAUGACUCUCUGCUCAGUGGUGUCCUGGAGCUGCAGCCCCACGGGGUGGCCUUCCAGAAGGACGUGGGCCUGUGGCUGCUCUUUGUGCCCCCACGGGCCCGGCGUUGCCGUGAGGUGGUGGUCAGGACCCUGAGUGACAAUAGCUGGAGUGACCUGGAGACCCACCUGGAGGAAGAGGCGCCCAAGCGGCUCUGGGCUCACUGCCAGGUUCCUCACUUCUCCUGGUUCUUCGUGGUUUCGCGCCCUGUGUCUGACGCCUGCCUGGUGCCACCAGAGGGGACAUUGCUCUGCUCCUCAGGACAUCCUGGGGUCAAGGUCACAUUCCCCCCUGGGGCCACUGAGGAGCCCCGUCAUGCCCGCAUGCAGGUGGUGCGCGUGGGCAGCAGAGAACUGCCGGCCCUGCUGGGAGAGCCUGAGGCAGCCGCCAGCCCCCUGCUCUACCUCUCCCAGAGCGGCCCCCCAAGCUUCCUUCGGCCAGUCACCGUGCAACUGCCUCUGCCCCCCGGUGUCACAGGCCUGAGUCUGGACCGCUCGCACCUGCACCUGCUGUACCGGGCCCCUCCCGCGGCCACCUGGGACGACAUCACGGCGCAGGUGGCGCUGGAGCUCACCCACCUGUAUGCUCGCUUCCAGGUCACGCGCUUCUCCUGGUCAGUGCCCCCUCCCUCCGCCUCUUCGGUCCCCCACCCCUGCCCCGGCCUGUGCACCCCGCUCACCCCCAGCCUUCCCAGGUACUGGCUCUGGUACACCACCAAGACCUGCGUGGGGGGCCUGGCGCGGAAGGCCUGGGAGCGGCUGCGGCUGCACCACGUGAGCCUCAUCGCGCUGCAGAGGCGCCGGGACCCCGAGCAAGUCCUGCUGCAGUGCCUGCCCCGCAACAAGGUGGACAGCACCCUGAGGCGGCUGCUGGAGCGCUACCGUGGCCCGGAGCCCUCAGACACCGUGGAGAUGUUUGAGGGGGAGAAAUUCUUCGCUGCCUUCGAGAGGGGCAUCAACGUGGAUGCCGACCGUCCAGACUGUGUGGAGGGCAGGGUGUGCUUCGUCUUCUACUCACACCUGAAGAACCUGAAGGAGGUGUACGUGACCACAGCGCUGGACCGGCGGGCUCAGGCCGUGAGGGGCCAGGUGUCCUUCUACCGAGGAGAGGUGCCAGAGGAGGUGCCUGAGGAGGCGGAGGCUGCUCGGCAGAAGAGGGGUGCAGACGCCCCGUGGAUGGCCACUCUGCCCCUCAAGCUGCCGAGACUGCGGGGAUCCAAGGGCCCAGGGCAGGGGGCUGGCCUCUCCCUGGCACCUCUGAACCUGGGCGACGCCGAGACUGGGUUCCUGACACAGAGCAACCUGCUAAAUGUGGCCGGGCGCCUGGGCCCUGACUGGCCAGCCGUGGCCCUGCACCUGGGUUUGCCCUACCGUGAGCUGCAGCGAAUCCGGCAUGAGUUCCGGGACGACCUGGAUGGGCAGAUCCGCCAUAUGCUCUUCUCCUGGGCUGAGCGCCAGGCCGGGCAGCCAGGGGCUGUGGGGCUCCUCGUGGAGGCCCUGGAGCAGAGUGACCGGCGGGAUGUGGCCGAAGAGGUGCGGGCUGUCUUGGAGCUUGGCCGCCGCAAGUACCAGGAGGGCAUCCAGCGCACAAGCCUGGCCCCCGGGGACCUCGGCCCACCUGGCUCUUCAGCAUCACAAUCCCCCGAGCCUGCCCAGACCUAGAACCUACCGAUUUUGGGCUGGUCUCUGACAUCCUCUGGCCAAUGGUUAGAGGCUCCCACUUUCAAACUUUCCCUGGGUAUGGGGCCAGUGACCCUCUACUCCUUGUGUAACAAACGUGCACCAUCCUG